AUGCUCUCUGUUAUCUUUCUGUUUUGUUGGAUUUACUGUGCUGCUGUAUGUACUGUACUAGCUGCUGUACUGUGCUACACCUCCACGCCUACAUUUAUUACAUUUAAUAUUGGCGAUCUUUUCCAGUUUCCCAUGACAACUACAUGUAAAACAAAUCAGCAAAGCAUCAUGGACUCCAGCUCUACUCUGAGUUCGAGCGAUUACUCAGAGGAUUUUGAAGAAUAUGACUCUUCCAAAGGUGGCAAUGGAUCAUUAAAGCCUGCAGAGGUGUUAUCAUCGCCAAAGAGACCUCCUGUUGUCCUACCCGCCAGGACUAACCCAGUACAAAGGAAGGCUAGAAGUCAGUACAAUCCUGGAAAAAUCAACAACUUAGGGCUAGGAAAGGGCAGGGCUAUGUCUGAGAGGCCAGUGGCUAGAGGAACGCCAUUCUCACCCAGAGAUCGAGAGCUCUCUGCCAAAUUGCACACCAUUAAGAAGAUACAGAACCAACUGGCAGACUGUAAACGGGAGCUAACCGAUUCUAAGAAAGAGAACAAAUUAUUGACACGUUUACAAGUACGACAAGAGAGAGAGCUGAGCCGAGUGGCAACCCAGGAGGGGGAGCUACCACAGAUACUAGCCAGACACUCGGAGGAGGUUCGAGUAUUAAAAGAGCAGCUUAGACGCAGUCAGGAAAUGUCUCUCACACAUGAAGAGAAGGUGACUAAUCUACACACUGAAGUUCGGAGGCUCAAGAAUCGUGGCAAGAAAUUGGAGCUGGUAGCAAAGCAAAAGAACCUCUUGGAGAGGGAGUCACUCACUCUGCAACUACAGGAGGCCAAAGAGCAACUUCAGGACAGAGAUGGGAAACUGAAGGAACUGGAAAGGGGAGUCGAGAUGCUCAACAAAACCCAUGGCCAGGAGAUCAGAUCACUGAUGCUUAAAAACAAAACCUUGUCUCGAAAUCUUGAAGCAUCUAGCGACAGGACAGACAAAACACUACAUCAGUUAAAGGAGAGAACUAAAGAGAUGGAAGUAAUGAACAUUUACAGUCAACGAAUGGGCAGAAAUUCUUUGAACACUUCCACUAGAGAUGUACCACUAAUGGAAAACACGUUCUCACAAACUGACCUCUCAUGUCCCCCGACGAAAAACGUCUCUCUACAAACUAAGCCAACACUCAAAUCAUCCAGCUCACAAACACAAGUUAUACCUUCGAAAACUCUCGAAACUCGUAUUACACAAACUGAUAUGACUCCAUCAAUGGACAAUAUACAGCCACCAGCAACGCAGAAGCCAAAAUCACCCAUAGCAACUAUUCAGCGUCCUGUUGAGAUGCCAGUAAUCGCACCCACAGUCCAUACAAUACAACAUGUGAUCCAAUCGCCCCCUUCCUCGCAACCACCUGCUCAAGGUGAGGAGCAACAGAAGAAGAACCUCCUACUCUCGAAAUUGCGUGAGCUUGACAGUAGGAAAGGACCGCCUGCUAGUCAAGCAGUAACCACCGUCUCUCAGAGCACUAUUACAGACAACAAUGAGCCUCCUCAGAAAAGAACUGAAGUUGCGAGCACAGAACAAUUGAUCACCACAACUCAUCCUAAGAUGCCUGCACUCACGGCCACUCAGACAUCGGCACAAGAAGAGGAAGCAAAGAAGAAGAAGUUGUUGUUGGCCAAGUUGAUGGCAAUUGAUGACGGUGGUGACCCUAAAAGUGUAACAUUGAGCAAAACAACCACUGGACCUGCUAGAGCCAAUUCUGGACAAAGCUCCACAUCUGUCCGAUCAUGGCAAGCUGAUACCAUAGACAAUUUGCAUAAAGGCAAACCUGCAUUCUUCACUGAAGAUGAUCCAUUUGGGAGCAAAAAGUCAUCAGGAAGUAACCUGUUGGGGAAAUUAAACAGUGGUGCAUAUAGUGUGAAAUCAAGCAGUGGUGCACAAGCAUCUACCAGCAACAAUGAUACUAAGAGUAUUGAUAAUCAAGGCUACAAACCAACCUUUGGACGACGAGCUAGGGAGACCAAGGGCUCGGACAAAACAAAAGAUAUCUUUGGUGAAAGUGAAGAUCCCACGAAACCGAUUUUCAAUGGAGGAGGACUAGACUUGAAUCAAGAAUCAUUCAGUGGAAGAGAACAAGACUAUCCAUGGGAAAAGCGAGUGAACUUGAAUAGCACGACAAGUAAAUCUCUCCAUAACCAAAGCAUGGUGUUUGGACCAAUGAGCAAGUCUCCACCACUGUUGCCACUGAGGCCAAAUGCAGAACCUAACAAAGUGGACAUGAUGCCAGGUGGUAUUGCUGAACCUGACGAUUUAGAAGAAUUGAUACUAUGAAUUUCAAUCAUAAUAAUUUUUUGAUUCAUGUGAUGAUUUUAUUGUUGACAAUAACUAUUAAUUUUGUACAGCAGUUGCCAUAGAUACUGUUGUGG